UCUGCUUCUCGUUUUCGUCCCUUUGGCUCACGGUAGAGCAGCAGCCAAGGACUGUGGCAGAGAGAGUCUCAAUGCUGCACCGUCUCUCUCUCUCUCCUGCGCUCCCUCCCAGCUGGUCGUCCAUUUUAAAUAGGAAAACUUGGGCUGAAAUCCACUAGUGUGGCUUUGAACGUGGCCAAGCGCCCAAGUCAAGGAGAGAGUCUCCAUUGCGAGCGCCAGUUUAUUAUUGUUUUAGUUUCUUUUUCAUCUCUCAUUCGUGUGCGUGUUGUUGUUGUGUGCAGCAGCAGGGCUUCAAUUCUCUCUUUUUCCCCAAUUGUUUUUUGUUUUCGCGACUUUUGUAUACAACAGUUUCGAAAAAGAGACUCAGUUUCGGGUUAUCUGUCGACCGAAUCGGUUGACUUUUUCCUCUGAUCGCUAUUUUCAUUUCGGUGAUUUGUCGGCUGCUGGUGUCUGACGUGUGCCGAUGGAGAGUUGGGCACCACAACAAGUUGCCUGUUACUCGCGUUUCUUCUUCUUCCUUUCCUGCCGGACAACGAUGGAUUAGUAGGCCGCAGCGAAUAAACCCAAACUUGAUCAAGACGCUAACUUAUUAAUUAAAAGUGAAAGAGAACACAACAACAAACACCGACACCUGAUUUUGAGUUCCACAGGUUAGUUGCCCAUCGACAGCGGAGGUGAAGGGAAGCCAAACUGAAAAAAUGGAUCCGAUGGCCAAUCCAAUCAACAGCCUCGGCAUGAUGGCCAACUUCGAUCCCAUCGUCGACUCGGUCUCCGCCGCCUACCACAAUUACAACUUAACUUCCAGCAUGCUCAGCUGCGGCGGCCCAUCAUCUUUGUCAGCUCAUCACCAGCACCAACCGCAACAACAUCCAGCGGUGGCCGUCAAAUUGGAGAACAACAGCCCUACCACCAUUCCGCUCCAUCCGGUGAUGCCGCCCAGCGGGAGAGGCGGAGUUGUCAAGUACUGCGGCGUCUGCGGCGACAUCGCCAAGAGUUACCAUUUCGGCGGAUUGUCGUGCGAUUCGUGCAAGGCCUUCUUCCGUCGCUCGGUGCAAAACGACAACUACCUCCACUUCCAGUGCUGUCACCGCGGCCAGUGCGUCAUUUCCCUGUCGAACCGCAAGAGCUGCCAGUACUGCCGCAUGAAGCGAUGCUUCGCCAUCGGCAUGGAGAAGAGCUGGGUCAUGACCGAGGAGGAGCGCAAGGCUCUCAUGAAGGCCAGGGCCGAGAAGAAGCUCAGCAAACAAUUGGCGGCCUCGGCCACUUCGACCACGACCGGUGGCAAAUCCAUUUACAAUUAUUCGUCGGACGACGGGGCUUCGACGUCGAGCCUCAGCGACUACGAGCCUCAGAUCGAGCGGAUGAUCGAUUUCUUGGCCCCGCUCGAAAUCAAAGAAAUCGAAUCGAUCGUCACUAAAUACAUGCACGCCUAUCAGCACGUCCCCUACCGCACGGAAUUGCGAUUCUUCGAUCAGGAUCGUCCCGGCGUCCAAGUCAUGGAGAUGUUUGGGACGCUGAUUCGUCGAUUCGCCUUUUACGCCCGACUAAUGGCCGACUUUUCGAGUUUGCCAUUCCAUGACCAAAGCUGCCUGCUGAAAGGUGGCGUCCUGGAAAUGUGCGUGUUGAGGGGGGCCCUGGUCUACGACCCGUUGAAGAAUCGCUGGCCCAACGCCAACAUGUCCAUGUACAAGGACGCGCCAACUCUCAAGCUGGACAACAUUGGCCACCUGACGUCGUCGCGCAUCUUCCAGAUGCACAUGGAAUUCAUCAACACGAUCCAGCAGAUGGGCGUCGACGAGCCGACCAUCAUGCUAUUGAUCUUGAUUGUCCUCUUCACGCCCGAGCGGGCCGGACUGCUCCGCACCCGAUGGAUCGAGAAGUACCAGGCCUACUACACUUCGUUGCUGGAGCGCUACAUGGGCUGGCGCUUCGGCACCACCCGAUCCAAAUACAUGUUUGGCAAAUUGCUAACGAAAUUGAGCGAUCUGAGGGAAUUGAGCGACACCCACAACCGCCACAAUCUCCAAUUAGGCAACGACGAGAUCUCUUCGAUCCAACACCAACUGCAGCAUUUGAAAAUCAAUCCCUAUCCGGAAUGUAAGGUGAUACCUGAUGACGUCGACGGGUCAGCAGCAGCUCUAAUGGCUUCUACUGUCGAUCCUUCGGCCGCCAUUCAUCCGGGCGGAGGUUUCCCAGCCGAAGGAGCUCAGCAAUCCUUUUACGCUCCGGCGUCCGAUGCUCAAUCAACGAGGACGUACACCAGUUGCAGCAGUGCCAGCAAUAUCCAGCAGCCAAAUGUUCCCAGCGGCAGCACCAGUUACGUCCCCCAACAUCAGUUUCCACCCGUUCAACAACAGCAGCAGCAGCAGCAACAACAACAUCCGUACGCUCAGUCGUAUGGGAGUGGCAUGGCCCAGCAUCAGUCGAGUCAGCACUACAUCACACGUGAACCAUCCAGCUUGUCUUCUUCCUCCUCUUAUUCCUCUUCGUCGUGUUGCGAAGAAGGAGUCCAUCCAGGAGCGGGACAGCAAGAAGCCUACCAAGCUUAUCAGCAGCAACAACAACAACAGCAACAACAACCCGUCCCUGAAAUGGCCAACAUGGCCCUCCAGUUCAUGCAAGCCAUCCAGCAAUCCGUCAACCAGGUGGUCAACGUUCCCGAUUUCGGUUUCGACUGGGUCAAACCCGACUACCAGUUCGAUCUGAUGGCCGACGACGAUUUGGCGGAUGCUUUUACCACCAAGACGCAAUCGCCGACCCACCAGACGUACUCCAUCUCCUCGCUGGAGGAUCCGUCGUCGCCGGAAUCGAAAUCGAGCGGCAGCAGCUGCAGCGGCAGUACUUGCAACGACUUGAAUUCGUCGAUGGUGGCGGUCGAAAACGUCCCUGUGACUCAGACAACUAUGGAGGAACUCUACGAAGCGCUGGAAGAAUAUUCAGAGCUCUACGACACCCAGCAUUGACAUAUCGUUCAUCAAGGGACAGAUAUUAUUAUAAAAAAAGAAACGAGCAUUUCCUUAGAAGAGAACAUUUAUUGUAAGUUGGUUAUCUUUGAUGUUUUGUUAUAAUUUAGUCCCCUGUCUGUGUGUCAUGUCAUCAUUUCCUGCAGUUCAAAAGGAUUGGUAAUGCAUUUCUCUUAUUGUGUUUAUGCUGGUGAAAUUCUGGACCACCGAGUUGCCCAAACAUUUUUAUCUGCCGGCCCACAUGUUGUAAACACA